AUCCCCUUCUCUGUCCCGACUGUGCUGGAUUACUGGGCCUGCUGCAGCCAUGACAACCGCCAUCUUGGAGCGCCUCAGCACCUUGUCCGUAAGUGGGCAGCAGCUGCGCCGCUUGCCCAAGAUCCUCGAGGAUGGGCUUCCCAAGAUGCCUUGCACCGUCCCAGAGACAGAUGUCCCCCAGCUUUUCCGCGAGCCUUACAUCUAUACCGGCUACCGCCCCACAGGCCAUGAGUGGCGCUACUACUUCUUCAGCCUCUUUCAGAAACACAACGAGGUGGUCAACGUCUGGACCCACUUGCUGGCAGCUCUGGCUGUCCUCUUGCGAUUCUGGGCUUUUAUUGAAACUGAGGCCUUGCCAUGGUCCUCCCCCCAUUCCCUGCCCCUGCUCCUUUAUAUCCUGUCUUCAAUCAGUUACCUCACAUGUAGCCUUCUGGCCCACCUGCUGCAGUCCAAGUCGGAGCUCUCCCACUACACCUUCUACUUUGUAGACUACAUUGGCGUGAGUGUUUACCAAUAUGGCAGUGCCUUGGCCCACUUCUUCUAUAGCUCCAACCAGGCCUGGUAUGAGCGGUUCUGGCUUUUCUUCUUGCCAGCGUCUGCUUUCUGUGCCUGGUUGUCUUGUGCUGGUUGUUGCUACGCCAAGUACCGUUACCGGAGGCCUUACCCAGUCAUGAGGAAGAUCUGUCAAGUGGUACCGGCAGGGCUGGCUUUCGUCCUAGACAUCAGCCCCGUGGCACACCGUGUGGCCCUGUGCCACCUGACUGGCUGCCAGGAGCAGGCAGCCUGGUACCACACCCUCCAGAUUGUCUUCUUCCUUGUCAGCGCCUACUUCUUCUCCUGUCCUGUGCCUGAGAAGUACUUCCCGGGCUCCUGUGACAUCGUAGGCCAUGGGCAUCAGAUCUUCCAUGCCUUUCUGUCCAUCUGCACACUGUCCCAGCUGGAGGCUGUCCUCUUGGACUUCCAGGGGCGCCAGGAGAUCUUCCUGCAGCGCCACAGUCCCCUGUCCAUCUACACAGCUUGCCUCUCCUUCUUUUUCUUGACUGCAUGCAGUGCUGCCACUGCAGCCUUCCUGAGGCACAAAGUCAAGGCCAGACUGACCAAGAAAGAUUCCUGA